UUCUGCUGUCACCGCAGCAGAUACGGUGUCAGACGCGAACGGCUCGGCGAAAAAUCUAACUUCAAGCAGUGAUUGUUUUGACGUUACGUUACCCGACGUUUUCUCAAUAGGCAAGUGCAUCCAGGAACAGCGGGACUUAUGCCAAGAAAAGACAAGGCUACCUCGAGCUAUCGUGGCGGUCGGUUGCACUUUGCUGGGAGCUUUUGCAGAUUUAGACACCGUCAGCGCUGUGAUGUUGAUCCGAGACAUCUAUGUCGCCCUCGCAGAGAGGAGGUUUCACAACGCUGGAAACGUCGUGGAUUAUUACUUAUAUGCAAAAAAAUUCAGCGGGCACAUCGGUGACCAAGUAUGCGGAGGAGAAAUUAAGAUUACAUUGCCCAAUAUAUGGACUAAGUGUGUCAACGAAAACUUGGCUGGGUGCGUGAAAGGAGAUAAAGUCAGUGAGAGCAAAAUCCAGUCAAUAAUACACCUUGAAGAGUGCAUCGCCAGGGACUUCUUCGACCGCGUUCCGCAAGAUGCCAUCGAGGACAUGUUUUGUGACUUUCUCAAGAAUGUGCAAGUUACUUCGGCUGCUGCCUUGAAAGCAAAGGGCUUACUAAUGCUGAUAUUCAAGGACAAAUGUAAGUGAUACCGUC